GGUGCUCCAAGAUGGCGGAGGAGGAGGAGACAGACGUUUUGCUCCAGAGAGUUGUUAAAGAUAUUAAUAACGCCUUCAAGAGAAACCCAAAUAUUGAUGAGGUGGGCCUGAUCGCUUGUCCCGAGGCCCGCUACAACCGCAGCCCCGUGGUUAUGGUGGACAACAAGCUGGGCCUGGAGAGCUGGUGCGUCAAGCUUUUGUUGCCCUACGUCCACAACAGGCUGCUGCGCUACCGCCAGCACAAGCUUUGGAUGGACAGAGAAGCUCUGCUGGACAUCACCUGCACUUUGCUGCUUCUCAACCCAGACUUCACCACAGCCUGGAACGUCAGGAAGGAGAUGCUGCAGAGUGGGGCCCUGAGGCCAGAGAGGGAUCUAUACCUGGGCCAGCUGGCCCUCACCAAGUUCCCCAAGAGCCCAGAGACCUGGAUACACCGGCGCUGGGUGCUGCAGCAGGUGCUGAGGGAGGGCUGUGUGGGGGACAGGAAGCUCCCAGGAGGCCCUGCCCCUGGCCCCACCGCUGGCCCCGCCUCCCAGGACCGCCUCCAGAGGACAUUGAACGCUGAGAUGAAGGUGUGCUCCGACGCCGCCGGACGUUACCCUAGCAACUACAACGCCUGGUCCCACCGCAUCUGGGUCCUGGAGAACAUGGCCAAGGGCAACCUGAAGGUCCUGCAUGAUGAGCUAUACUCCAUGGGCGUGUGGGUCUCCAUGCACGUGUCUGACCACAGUGGCUUCCACUACCGCCAGUUCCUGCUCAAAGCCCUGGUGCAGGAGCUCAGCCAAUCCCCAGGCUCGCCUCCACCUAGCCCUGAUCCCCAGGCCAACGGGGAGGGCGGGGCCACACCCCUGGAGGGGCUGUCCUGGGUGGCCGGAGCGCCUCAGCUGUUCCAGCAGGAGAUGGAGCUCUGUAGCAACCUGAUCCAGGCCUACCCUGGACACGAGACUCUCUGGAGCCACAGGCGGCACGUCUUCUACCUGUGGCACCACUGGAGGAGGGAGCAUCCCGGCCAGGACUCCCCCCACCCCAACACCCCCACCAGGGGAUCCAGCCCCCCCCUCAGCCCUACCAUCCGGAGCGGACCGGCCCUGGAGGAGGACGGGGAUCCCCUGGACACUAAGCGGCUGAGGAGGGGGCCCCCGCUGCCCUUGGAGCUGGGCUUUGUGGCUGGUGUCCUGGAUGGUUGCAGCACAGAGCAGGGGCGCUUUGCACGUGCAUACAGGAAGUGGCUGGACUCUGUGAUUGGCCAGUAGCGUACAGGAAGUGUCUGGACUCUGGGAUUGGCCAGCAGCACACAGGAAGUGCAGGCUAGUUGGCGCUCGAAGCAGAACCCUGACUCUUUACUCCAUCAAACUGACUGUAGGUCCUCGUUCAGGGGGCUUCUGACUGCAGAGAUGAGUCUUCAUGUUGAUCCAGUCUGCUGAUCAUGUACACGAGGAGUCAUGUGAUCCCUCUGUAUCCAGGGGGCUUCUGGCUGCAGGGGCGCCCAGGAUGCUGCGGCUCACUAUUAGGGUCCCUAACCCUAACCCAGGAUGCUGCGGCUCACUAUUAGGGUCCCUAACCCUAACCCAGGAUGCUGCGGCUCACUAUUAGGGUCCCUAACCCAGGAUGCUGCGGCUCACUAUUAGGUUCCCUAACCCUAACCCAGGAUGCUGCGGCUCACUAUUAGGGUCCCUAACCCUAUUAGGUCAAGGUGGUCGGGGAUCCACUCACUUGGCUUCCUGGAACAAUAACUUAGCAGAUUUUGGUCUGAGCCAAUUCCCCCUUCAGAAUGGAAAUCGACUUCUGGCUCACAGAGUGUGACGUGUGUGAGUGGGUCUUAGUUCAGGUACUACAAUACCUCAGGUCAGCACUCUCAAUGUUUGGGACCUCUCUACCAAUUAUCUCAACUUAACGUUUAAACUUGGUUACUUAUAUGUGUUCAACGUUACCUGUUUGUUCCAUUGUCUUCCAUGGAAUAUCUAUUAGCAAGAUAGCUAAACGAAGCUGCUCGAUAUUGCAUGUUCUGACAACAAACCCUGUUACAGUCUCUCGGAAGCAUACUUUCUGCUGACAAAUUAUUUAAAAUACACUAUUGGAAGAAAAGCAGAAUAUCCUUGCUCAAACAAAAUAAAGAAUAUAAAACCAAGUUCUAUUGAUCAUAUGCCGACGAGUCGGCAGAGAUUGGACUGUGAAGCAGAAAGCUUUCUCUCUGAGGAUCUGCUUCAUCCUGUCCGGAUCUUCACUGUCAUCUUCUCCCUAACCAGACUGCAGGUGCUCACUUGUAACCGUUUCCUGAAAGCACAUUUUUUUCUACAUCAAAUUCAACCAUUCCUCACUUUAAGCAACAAGAAAAGGUAUUGAAGCACAACCCAUGCUCUCUCCAGCAGACUCCAGAGUGUUUCCAUUCUGAAGGGAGACUCCACCAGAGCCAGACCUGCAGGCUUCUGCCGCCACCUGGCUGUUAGCCCUUUAGCUCCACACCUGGUGGCUACCGCUGUUAGUCUUGAUGCUAACAUAAUCUAUGGUUAGUGGCAUAACUUCUGUAGCUAAGGAAAGCUAGUCCUAGCCAGCUUUCUCACAUUUGACCUUAUAAUAAGUAAACUUUAUUAUAAGGUCAAAUUUAUUGUGUAUCAACUCAGAACCGCAAAAGUAUCGUUUUUGAGCCAUCAAAGCAAACGCUGGUAGCUCAAGGCUACAUUGGUGCUACAUGCUACUACCGUAUGCGUAGCCUUCUGUGUGGCCCUAGUAACACAAGUAGACAUGUCUGCUAUAUAGCCUACCCAUGAGCAAACCUCAAUGCUACAACAAUAUUAUCUAACAUCCUUAUUUUUAUGGCUGCCCAGAUUUCAACACUGUUCAAAAUAGACUGGAAGAAUAAAGGAAAAUAGCUUUUUCUCACGUCUGUCUUUAGGAAUAUCUAGCGCUCUCACUGUAAAGGGUUCACAUUAAGUCCCACCUGUCUAAAGGCAGUUGGCGUAAUAUCGAAGCAAAUUGCCACAUCCAUGCUGUGGCGUUUCUGUCCUCCUGGUACACACAUCUAAGGGAUUCUUUUAUUUUGGGUUUGUUCAUGGAUCCGCCUAUAAUACUUGAGAUAAUCACACUAAGCUACGGCUCCUGUCAUACGGUCGCGCAUUCAAUAAUAGGUGAUACUUUGUAUGACUUCAUGAACUUGAUAAUACAACAAGACUCACAUUUUUGGUAAGCAUUUGUUGCUUAACCUCAUGAACAAUUAAACUUCUUAUUAGUCUAUAUUCACCAACUCUUGUAUGGAAAACAUAUCUAUCCUGAUACAUAUUAGCAUGGUAAUUAUUUAGAUUUCUGAAAAAACACGUCCUUUAGACUCUCAUGGUGAGAAAUGAGUGCACUUUGUUUACCCUUAGUUAGGGUUAGCCUGCAUCCUGCACAACAGAUUAAGCUCUUAGCCUGUCAAGCCUCCCUCUGGUAUGGUGGGGGGGGAAAGGGGGCGGCGGUGGCAUGGUGGGAGAGGAAAGGGUGGAGGAGAAGGGGAAGAGGGAGAAGAGAUUGGUGGAUACAGCAGGAGAAAGGGUACAUAUAACUGUGCAAACUAUCAAGUUGUAUUUCCAUCAUGGCAUAAUGUCUUAUUUUAAAUGGCUGUUCUAAACUGAACACAAACAUCCAACUGAACUGUAUUAGUUUCAUGCCUGGAAGGUAGAAGUUAGACACUGACUGUAAACAUUGUCCAUAGAGCCUUCAUACACCAAGAUCAGGCUUAGUUGACAUCUAGGUACACAUGCUUACAGAGUCCCAUAGCCCUACAGGGCAGCAGUGUAGCCUCACAGGGCAGCAGUGUAGCCUCACAGGGCAGCAGUGUGGCCUCACAGGGCAGCAGUGUGGCCUCACAGGGCAGCAGUGUAGCCUCACAGGGCAGCAGUGUAGCCUCACAGGGCAGCAGUGUGGCCUCACAGGGCAGCAGUGUGGCCUCACAGGGCAGCAGUGUGGCCUCACAGGGCAGCCGUGUAGCCUCACAGGGCAGCAGGGUAGCCUCUUAAGGAGCAGGCACGCUAGUAGGAAGGGUGGGUUGGUUUAGUGGCUCAUAUGGAGACGCAAAUGUAUAGAAGUCACUGUCUGUUUAAAUGGCCUAGUCCCCUCCAGCAAAAAAAACACAACAAAACAAACGCUUGAAACUACAUAAUUACCACUUAAUAAUGUAUACGCACAUGACACUACAUUUGGACACCUUGCAUUUUAUUUCCAUCACCUAACUUGUGUUUUAUGAGGGCUUCCAUAUAUCCUUUACCACUUUAGCUUAGCUUUCUGGUUGGAAAAUAAUCAUUUACAACCGAGAUUUUAGGGUUAUACACAAGACAAGCUCGGCUUAUGUCACUCUGCCCAGAUACAAAUGCGUCUUCACUAUUGAAAUUAUAUAUAUUUUUCACCCGUUGUCAGUUUGUGAUUUGGAUCUGAACACAGUCAUGCAGUAUUGUUGACCUACUAGCAGGCUUAGAACUCAAUUCGAUUUUACAGAUUUUACAUCUAUGCAGAAACUAUUUUUUUUUAUAAGGUUCAAUAAGCUUUUAAAUAAUAAUGUAGCUUCGGUUGGGUCUGUCUUUCCAAGUUUGUCUGUUUUCUAAUUUAUUGAUUCAUUAGUUUAACCAGUAUGUCUAAUGCAUCUAAAUCUAUUAUUAAUUUUGUAUUUAUUUAUUGAGUAAUACUAUUCUAUCCUUACAUCAACUGUCGUUUGUUGGCUGCUUAUCAAGCUAAAUAAAGCUCUUCUUAAGUAGCCUAUAUAA